UGUGUCCUGCCCCGCCCUGAACGCACACUGACUCGACGCUAUCCGCCUCCGUGUGCCUCGGAGGGAACUUGUCAAAAGUCCACACAUUAUCAGUGGGGGAUCAGUCCAAGUCCAAUGGUCACCACCGGCUGGGCUGUGGAUGUGCGCAUCGCGAUUCCCCGCACAAAGCACGCAGACCGCAUGAGGGCUUAAGGCUGAGCUGACUGGGCUUUGCGACAGUCGAACACGUCCGUGUUGACAAAAAGUUAGGCCGGGGCUAUCGCAGCCAUGUCCGGACAGCCUAGAUUCGUGAGUCCGUUCCACACACCCCGGUGUCUGGCCGCUGCGGCUCCGGCAGGAAAAGCCAAACUCACACACCCUGGCAAAGCCAUCCUGGCAGGUGGGAUUGCUGGAGGCAUCGAGAUCUGCAUCACCUUCCCCACGGAGUAUGUUAAAACACAGCUGCAACUUGAUGAGAAGGCAAACCCUCCCAAAUACAAAGGCAUUGUCGACUGUGUGAAGCAAACUGUAAACAGUCAUGGCGUAAGGGGUCUUUACAGAGGUCUCAGCUCACUUCUGUAUGGCUCUAUACCGAAAGCUGCUGUCAGAUUUGGGGUUUUUGAGUUCCUCAGUAAUAAAAUGCGAGAUGAGAGCGGGAAACUAGACAGUAAGCGAGGAUUCUUGUGUGGCCUUGGAGCUGGAGUCGCAGAGGCUGUGUUUGUCGUCUGUCCUAUGGAGACAGUGAAGGUCAAAUUCAUCCAUGAUCAGACUUCAGCAAACCCAAAAUACAAAGGCUUUUUCCAUGGCGUGAGGGAGAUCAUAAGAACUCAAGGUCUGAAGGGCACUUACCAAGGCCUCACAGCCACCGUGCUGAAGCAGGGCUCUAACCAGGCUAUCCGAUUCUACGUCAUGACUUCACUGAGGAACUGGUACAAAGGUGACAACCCCAACAAAGCUAUUAACCCUUUGUUAACUGGACUGUUUGGAGCUGUUGCUGGAGCUGCCAGUGUGUUUGGAAACACUCCUCUGGAUGUCAUUAAGACCAGAAUGCAGGGUCUUGAAGCUCACAAGUACAAAAGCACAUGGGACUGUGCUGUCAAGAUCAUGAAACACGAGGGACCAAUGGCGUUCUACAAAGGUACUGUGCCUCGGCUGGGUCGGGUGUGUAUGGAUGUGGCCAUAGUCUUUAUUAUCUAUGAGGAAGUUGUGAAAGUCCUGAACAUGGUUUGGAAGACGGACUGAAAUGGACUCCCCAGUGCUACACAAAGCAGGCGUGUUGGUGAAAAGUCCCAAACCAAUCUCCUUAAGCCCUGCUUCUAGGUUCUAAUAUCUACCUCUAAGUGACUUGCAAAGAAAGGGAUUGGUAAUGUUGGUUUUAUUUAUAACACAGCUAUAACUGCAUUGAAACCGCUUGCAGAAUGGCUGUUUACACUUGCUGUGUUUUCUUAAAUUUGUGAAGGAGUAGUUCCUUAAGAGCUCAGGGAAAGGAACAGGGCAUUGAUUUAGGACCACACCUGCUUGAAUACAGAAAUGGAAACACCUGCAGUAUGGAGAUGAGACGUGACAGUGUUUUAGUUUCCUUAUACUAAAGCUCUAAGCACUAAAUCAAUGAUAAGCCAACCUAAGAUAAUGUGAUUUAGACACUAUAGACAAGAAAUUAUACUUGAAAUUGAGAAAGCAUAUUAUCUCAUUUUAAAGCCCUUUUUGUAUAUGAAAGCAUUUAGAUCUUCUUUAAAUGAAGUAUUCAAAACCAUUGCCUCUUACAGUACCUGAGGUCUAAAAACAGCUCGGAUGUCACAUACUGCAGAGGCUACAGGUUAUUGGAACAAAAUGCCUUAAAUCAAAAUAAUGAAAUUAAUCCAGAUUGUAAAAUGCAUAGAAUAUACGAAUAUACAGUUUUAAAAAAUGUUUUAUGAGCACUCAUAUCAUUUCAGAAUUCCCAUUUCCACUAAACAGUGGCUGAAGUGUUGUGAAAUGGAUUGAUAUAUUAAGUUUCAGAGUUUUAAUCAGUUCAUUUAUUGCAUUGAUACUAUAAAAGUGCCUAUGAAUUGUUAGAUGGAGUUAGAUAUUUUUUGAGAUUAUGAAUGAUUGAAUGUUGCAGGCAUUGGUCACUACAAAUGUCAACAAUUGUAUAUGUACGUUAUGGUGCCAGAUGUUUAAUUCCAGGCAGUGGCGGAGGUACUUUCUGAGUGGGUCAUACCCAUUCACUUCAUCAUAUUUGUCAGUAUUUGAUGAAAGUUUUGCUCCUUUAAAAGUUGAGUUGCCUUUAAACAUAGAUAUGCCUGUUUGAGACAUGCCAUUAAUAGUGCCUUCCAUCUCAUUCCAGGGGAGAUGAGCGAUCUAGGAGAGCUUUUAUUACAGAUUUUCAGUUUUUAAGAAAAAAAAGUUAAAUAUGUAAUAUUAAUUACACUUACUUUUACUUUAACUAAUGAUCCAGUGUGCCAACUGCUGCUUUGUAAUACCAUGUUAUAGACUAAGGAUGGUAGAUUGUUAACAGUUAUUAAUUCAGCAUGUUUACAUGCAGUGCAAUUGAUUGUUUGCCCAUUAAACAUUUUUGUGGAGGAUACACAUUGUUUACUUUGAACUGCCCUUUUAGCUUCAGACUGACCUUUUCUUUGCAAAGCCUACAUGUAGUAGACUGAUACCAUUGCUAUUAAACCUAUUUGGAGAUGUCAUAUCAGCCAAUGGAAACUCUCCACUAGUUAAAGCCGACUUUUGUGCCUUCUGUCAAAAUAAUUAAAAUAUGUAUCUUCACAAAUAAACGUUGGAUCAGACUGUUAC